AUGGCCGCUCAGGUCGCCAGCGCCGCCACUCUGAAUACCAGCCCGCCUUCAGAACUCAGAAAGCCGGAUCGAGACCCGAAGGAGGAGUCGGUACCGGGGGAGAAGCACUCAGACAAAAAGCAGCCGGGGUUGGACAACGGAUCGCCGGGCCGGGGGGAUCUGCAGGACGGGGCCGACGCUGGAAAUGCAGGGGGAGGAGGGGAACCCGAGAUGAAGAACGGGAAUGGGAAUCCGCCCAGGGCUAACAAUAAUAACCAGAAUGACUCUGUCGGAGCGGAGGGGAACAACCACCCCGGUUUGGUGCAUCACCACGGCCCCGCUUUCCCUCCACCUUCGUACGGAUACAGUCAGCACUACGCUCGGGCCCCUUUUCAUCAACAUGGCGGACAACAAAGCCCUGGCAUGGCAGCUGCUGCGGGUCCGGUCGUGCAACACGGCAACAUGAUAGACCCGUAUCAGGCCAAUUCGCACGAUCAUGGCUUCUCCAAUCACCAGUUUAACAGUUACAACCCGUUUCCUAACAGGACUCCAUAUCCGGGCCAAGGGUACGGCGUGAACUCCCCUCGCAGCGGCCAGGCGCCGACGGCUGGAGGACAGCAGCAGCAGCAGCAGCCCGCUAAGCAGCAGCAACCGGCGCCGAGCGGGGCAGCUAUGGCUGGAUCUUACAACAACCAGAGGUAUAACAUGGGAAACCCUCAGCCCACAUCCACCCCGACCCUCAACAAGCUGCUGACCUCUCCCAGCUCGACGCGGGGCUACCCGACCUACCCGCCGAGCGACUACAGCAGCAGCAGCAGCAGCGGCGGCGGCAGCAGCCAGGAAGCAGCCGGGAAAGCGGCGGCGGACAACAUGGGCAGCGGCGGCGGCCAGUAUGGAGGCAGCAACCCGGCCAGCUGGCAACAAAGGAGCCAUCACCCGUCGCCCAUGAGCCCGGGGAGUGCGGGCCAGCCGCUGGGUAGAACUCAGCCGCCUGGUUCCAUGGACCCAAUGGGGAAGAUGAGAGGUCAGCCAUAUGGGGCAGGUAGUCCAUACACGCAGCAGUCACAGCAGGGACCUCCCACAGGUCACCAGGGGCCUGGUUACCCUGGUCAGGGUUAUGGCCCUCCGGGACCCCAGAGAUACCCUGUAGGAAUGCAAGGACGCACCCCCGGAGGCAUCGGAAGCAUGCCUUAUGGACCACAGAUGGGCCCUUAUGGACAGCAAGGACCAGGAGCAUAUGGCUCCCAGGGUCAGGCAUCGUAUUACAGCCAGCCUGGCCAGGCUUCUCACCCAAGCCAGCAACAGUCUCCUUACUCCCAGCCUGCUCCAGGCCAACCAGGUGGGCAAACGGCGUACCCUGGACAGCCCCACCCACCAACGACUUCCGUGUCACACACUCAAGGAGGACCACCAUAUCAACAGCCCCACAUGGCCUCACAGUCCCAGGGGCCACUGCCAGGCUCAUCCCAAGGGACCCCACAGUCUCAGACGCCUUAUUCCCAAGCCUCAGCCCCACCGUCUGGCCAGUCUCCUUAUUCCCAGCAGCAGGGUCCUCCUAAUCAGGCCCCUCAGCAGCAAAGUUCCCAGGCUCCUCCUGGAUCUCAGAGCCAGUCCAGCUACCCUGGGUCCACACAGGGUCCUCAGCAGCUCUCCUCACAGCAACAGCAGACACAGGCUCAGCCUCCACAGCAACCACCGGGACACAGCCAACACCCACAGAGCCAGCCUGCAGCUUAUCCACAGAACCCUCAACAGCAAGCACAGCAGUCACCUUAUCAACGCUUUCCUCCUCCACAACAGCAGGAGGUUUCCCAGGACUCAUUUCAAUCCAAUGCCCCUCCAUCCACUCAACCUAAAACUGGCCAAGAGGACGGUCAGGGCCGUCCCUCCAGCCUUCCGGACUUGUCAGGGUCUAUUGAUGACCUGCCAACAGGUACAGAGGGUGCCCUGAGUCCUGGUGUGAGCACAUCAGGUGUAUCGAGCAGCCAGGGUGAGCAGAGUAACCCUGCUCAGUCACCUUUUUCUCCCCACACUUCCCCCCACCUGCCAGGCAUCCGAGGGCCUUCACCUUCUCCAGCUGGAUCCCCUGCAAGUGCCAGCACUCCUCGUACAGGGCCGCUGUCUCCAACCAGCAUGCCAGGGACCCAGAUGCCACCGCGGCCGUCCAGCGUACAGUCAGAUGGAAGCUUACACCCUUCAAUGAGCCAGUCUCCCAUGGCCCAAGACAGAGGGUUUUUGCAGCGAAACCCUCAGAUGCCCCCUUAUGGUUCCCCUCAGUCAGCAUCAGCAUUGUCACCUCGCCAGUCCACUGGGGGACAAAUGCAUCCAGGGAUGGGCCCAUAUCAGCAGAACAACUCUAUGGGUGGUUAUGGCCCACAGGGAGGACAGUAUGGUCCUCAAGGUUACCCUCGGCAACCUGGCUAUGGCAACAUGCCCAAUGCCAACUACCCUGGGUCAGGUAUGGGCCCAAUGAACCCCAUGGCAGGCCAGGGUGGGGGUCCACCAUAUGCUGGCAUACCUCCAGGUAGGAUGGCUCCUAGUCAAAUGGGUGCACGACCGUAUGGUCCCAAUAUGGGGCCCAAUAUGCCUCCCAACAUGGGCAACAUGCCACCCCAGGUGGGUUCAGGAAUGUGCCCUCCUCCUGGUAUGAAUAGAAAGCCUCAGGAUGCUGGAGCCAUGCAGCACCCAGCCACCAACUCCUUGCACAACAGGAUGCCUGGUUACCCAAACAUGUCUCCAGGCAUGAUGGGUUCUGGCCCUCCCUAUGGGUCGCCCAUGAACAACAUGCCUGGAAUGAUGAAUACUCAAAGUGGCUCACCUUAUCCUAUGGGCCCAAACAUGGCCAAUAACUCAAGUGGUAUGGCCCCUAGUCCAGAGAUGAACAAUAAGAUGAACAACAAAGUUGAUGGGAGUGGAACGCCCAAACCAGAAUCCAAAUCUAAGAAGUCCAAUUCUUCCACCACAACCAAUGAAAAGAUAACGCGACUGUAUGAGCUGGGGCCAGAGCCAGAGAGGAAGAUGUGGGUAGACCGAUAUCUGACUUUCAUAGAUGAGAAAGCAAUGGGCAUGACCAAUCUGCCUGCUGUGGGGCGCAAACCUCUUGAUCUCUUUAGACUAUAUAUAUCAGUUAAAGAGAUCGGAGGCAUGACACAGGUGAACAAGAAUAAAAAAUGGCGUGAUCUGGCUACUGCGUUGAAUGUGGGCACAUCCAGCAGUGCUGCCAGUUCUUUAAAGAAACAGUACAUCCAGUAUCUGUAUGCCUUUGAAUGUAAAAUUGAACGUGGCGAGGACCCACCUCCUGAGAUAUUUUCAGACAACAAAAAGAACCAAACUGCUAAGGUCCAGCCACCAUCUCCAGCGUCCCUGUGCUCCACAGCUGGGUCAGGGUCUCUGCAGGGUCCUCAGACACCUCAGUCUACCAGCAGCUCCAUGGCUGAGGGUGGAGAUCUAAAGCCUCCCACCCCAGCCUCCACUCCUCAUACUCAAAUUCCCCCUAUGCCAUCGGGACCCAGGAGCAGCGUUAACCUUCAGGACCCGUUCUCUGAAGCAAAUGACCCUGCAUUCCCCAGAAGGAACAUGACUCCCAACUCUGCCUAUCAGACUGGGAUGAACACCCCAGACAUGCAAGGGCGCAUGGGCACGUUUGAACCCAACAAGGAUCCCUUUGGUACAAUGCGGAAAGUUGGAGAGCAGUACCUACCUGCUAACCAGGGUCCUAACAGCGGGGUUGGUGAACAACAACAGCAGCAGCAACCGCCACAACAGCAACCGCAACAACAGCAGCCACCGUUUAGUCGAGGGCCGCCUGGAGCCAUGGGCACUAUGCCAAUGGGUCCCAGGCAGCAGUACCCUUAUGGACCAGGCUAUGACAGGAGAUCGGAGCAAGGAAUAGGCCCAGAGGGCAACAUGGGAUCCAGUGCUCCUCAGCCAAACCCUAUGAUGCCUACAAACGCCGACACAGGGAUGUAUUCGCCAAAUCGUUUCCCACCACAACAGCCACGGCAUGAUUCCUAUGGUAAUCAGUAUCCUGGACAGGCAACGCCCCCUACUGGCUCCUACCCAAAUCAGCAGCCUGGAAUGUACCCCCAACAACAACAGAGUUACAAACGUCCUGUGGAGGGCGGCUACCCUCCAUCUAAGCGUCAUGAGGCAGAGUAUGGUGGACCCUUUCCUGGUGGACAACAACCCUCACAGCCACAACAGCAAGCAGGUGCCCCUGCACCCUCUUCAGGACAACAGGAGACAUACAAUCAGUAUAGUGGCAGUGGGCCCUAUCCUGGCUCUGAUCGCCGCCCACCUGGCCCAGGCAGUCAGUUCCCCUUCCCAUUUGGCCGUGAUCGGAUGCAAGGAGCAACAGGUCUCAGCGCGCAACCCAACAUGCCCCCUCAGAUGAUGCAACCAGGCCCCGAAGGUCCUCAAGGAAGCAUGUGGCAGGGACGAGGAGACAUGAACUACCAAAACUACCCCAGUAGGCAGGGUGGCCCCGGAGGGCCGCCCCAGGGACCCAGCUAUCCUGGCAUAAACCGCUCUGAGGAGAUGAUGUCAUCAGAACAGCGCAUGAAUCAUGAUGGUCAGUGGGGGGGGCAGAUGGGUCCACGGCAGCCUCCCUAUGGUCCAGCGGGGCCUGGCCAGCCAAUGCCUCGAUCAGUACAGCCUAACUAUCAGCCCCCUCAGGGUGUGCAGAACCACAUUCCACAGGUGUCCAGCCCAACCUCUGUACCCCGCCCCAUGGAGAGCAGGACAUCCCCAAAUAAAUCUCCCUACAUGCACGGCGUCAUGAAAAUGCAGAAGGCCGGCCCUCCAGUGCCUGCGUCUCACAUCGUGUCCCCACCAGUGCAGUCACCUCUAAUAAGACGAGAUAUGCCUUUUCCUCCAGGCUCAGUAGAAGCUACUCAUCCGGUCCUGAAACCACGCCGGAGGCUCACCAUGAAGGAUAUUGGAACUCCAGAGGCCUGGAGAGUCAUGAUGUCUCUGAAGUCUGGUUUGUUGGCAGAGAGCACGUGGGCCUUAGAUACCAUCAACAUUCUUCUGUACGAUGACAGCAGCAUUUCAACAUUUGAUCUCAACACGUUGCCUGGUCUACUAGAGUUGGUGGUUGAGUAUUUCAGACGUUGCCUCAUUGAAAUCUUUGGCAUUCUACGAGAGUACGAGGUGGGCGACCCUGGCCAGAGGACACUAAUUGAUCCUGAUGCCUUGAAACGAGACAGCGACGGCAUGGAAGAAGAGGAACCGUGCGCUGACGACAUGGAGUUGGUAGAAGAGGAGGAUGAAGACGAGGAGGAUCAAGAAUCUGAGGGGCCAGCUCAUGUGAAAGAAGAAGAGGAGGAGCAAGAGCACUGCUCUGAGUCUGGGGGUCAAGAUGACAGGGUAGAAGGAGAUGAAGAUAGAAAAGGAAAGGGGUCUUCAUCUGAGCAGCCAGGUUCUUCACAGUCCUUACCUGUUCAUGAGCAACCCAAACAGGCCAGCAAAUUUGACAAAUUUCCUGUCAAAGUGGUACGAAAGAGGGAUCCAUUUGUGUCUGGUCAUUCCAGCAAUCAUGGCAAAUUACAAGAGUUUGAUAGCGGGUUACUUCACUGGAGCGCAGGAGGGGGCGAUUCAACAGAACACAUCCAGACCCACUUUGAACCACGAAAAGACUUCUUAGAACCAAGGGAGCGAAAAUCCGGGUCCCAAAUUGUCUUGAAGAGAAGGCCCCCAGAAGAUGAUGUACUGGAAAAUUGUGUGCAGACAGAGGAGGAUAAAACAAAACAUCAGUGCAAAGACGAUGGGCAAAAAUGGGCAUCGCCCUCAGAGAAUGUGGUAUCAGAAAAGCCCGGCUCCUCACCCUGCACCGAGGAGCUGAGGAAAAUGGAUUCCGAGUUAAAGACGGUUGAGAAAGGUUCUAAAAGUCACCAGGAAAAUAACAGACCCAUUCCUUGUGCAGUCAGUGAUUUGACUCAGCUAGGCCAGCGUCCAAGCAGCAUCCUGGAGGAUGAGCCGCACAGUAAAGACGAGGAGCCGCUCGUUUCUCUGGCUAGUUGGCAGGAUUCUUUAGCCCGUCGCUGCAUUUGUAUUUCGAAUAUUGUCCGCAGCCUCUCCUUUGUUCCAGGCAAUGACCAUGAGAUGUCUAAACAUCCAGGCCUGCUGCUGCUACUGGGACGCCUUAUCCUGCUGCAUCACAGGCACCCGGAGCGCAAACAGGCCCCACUCACCUAUGAAAAAGAGGAGGAUACAGAUGAAGGAACGGGCCAAAGGGAUGAGUGGUGGUGGGACUGCUUGGAGAUCCUGCGGGAGAACACACUGGUCACUUUGGCGAAUAUCUCAGGCCAGUUGGACCUCUCAUUAUACCCUGAGAGCAUUUGCUUACCUCUGCUGGACGGCCUUCUCCACUGGGCUGUUUGCCCCUCAGCAGAGGCACAGGACCCAUUCCCCACCCUGGGCCCCCACAGCGCGUUGUCACCUCAGAGACUGGUCCUGGAGACGCUAAGCAAGCUAAGCAUCCAAGACAACAAUGUGGACCUCAUCUUGGCCACUCCCCCAUUCAUUCGGUUGGAGAAGCUGUAUGGGAACCUGGUACGGCUAAUCGGAGACAGGAAGGUUGCAGUCUGCAGGGAGAUGGCGGUGGUUCUAUUGGCCAACCUUGCCCAGGGUGAUACUCUGGCAGCUCGUGCAAUUGCUGUCCAGAAAGGCAGUGUGGGCAACCUGCUGGGCUUCCUGGAGGACACCCUGGCAGCCACACAACUCCAGCAGAGCCAGAGCUCUCUGCUACAUCUACAGGGGAUACAUUUCGAGCCCACCAGCCCGGACAUGAUGCGGCGAGCAGCCCGGGCUCUGCACGCCUUAGCCAAGGUGGAGGAGAACCACUCGGAGUUUACACUACACGAGUCCCGACUUCUCGACCUUUCAGUCUCUCCUCUAAUGAACUCACUGGUUUCUCAUGUUAUCUGUGAUGUACUUUUUCUGAUUGGCCAGUCAUGACAGCUGUAGGGAGCCAUGGCUCCACCUUGUGGGGGGAUUUAUGCCUCCAUCCCCUCUUCCCUGGUAUCCUGGCUUGAGUGUGUAAAAGGGCAAGGUAGUUAAGUGACUUUUUUUUUUUUUUUUUUUUUUUUUUUUUUAAUUUAUUCCAUUCUUUGAGCCCUCCCCAGGCUCUACUUGGUCAAGGCGGGUUAUCACAGAGCUGUGGUGGAUUACAAACCAGAGAUGCCCACAUAUUGACACUACUUGCAACACGAAUGCCAACUGGAUGAUACAGCAGAGCACCAUGGUUGGGAAACUGUUCUGCACUUGGGGGUGGGGGAGGGAAAGUACUUUUUAAUAAAGAUAAUUAAUAAAUAAAUAGCUGAAAAACAAAAACUGUAACCAAAGUUGCUGUCUCGUUUACAGUGAGUUUGGGAGACGCAGUGUGCCCUAGCUCUCCCCAUGAGGGCACAGUGAGUCUGUAACUGGGUGACAUUCAGAAGUGAAGCAGACUGACAAGUGGCCUACUGGUUAUAGUUACUGUAGUUGAGUCGUCACCAGUCAGCCCGACAGCAGAUAAAAUGCUGUCAAAGCAUCUUCACCGGGGAGGCCUGUGCAGUGUGCAGUAGAUUGUAGGACAUUUUCUGUACUGUACUGCUCUUGAGUGUAAGCAUUCUGUAACACGAUUCACACACAGAACUCAACGAUGCAGCUCUUCUAGAGUUUUGAGGUCAUUUAGUUUGGUGUAAAACAGAAAAUGGCUUUCUCCCCCAAAGUAUCAAAAAAAAACAAAACAAAAAACCUACAACACCCUUACCUCCUGUCUUAUCCCUUGAUUGUAUGAAUACCCGUAUGAAAUCACCUCUUAGGACUGGUUUUCAACUUCAGAUACAGCUUUGCUGUGGUGUAUAUAAUGUUGUACAUUACACUUUAAUGUGUCUGUCUCUGUCUGUGUCACUAUUCUCACAGUUGGUGGUGAGGGAUGCAGUCGCCAUUCCUCACCGAUUCAACCCACUCCUCUGGUCUCUCCACAGCUCCGUAGUAUGGCAGACACGGCUCAGAUCUCUCAUGUCCUGGUACAACAGAAAUAAACUAGAUGAAGUACACACAUUUGACAAUUUUUCUCAAAUCAUGGAUUCAGCAUAUUUGUAUUUUGGACUAUGUAGCUAAGACAUCAUGUAAAUUCCUCCCUUUCCCUUUUUUGGCUCAAUGAAUAUCAUUUAUUCAGUAUGAAAUCUUUAUACUAUAUGUUCCACGUGGUAAGAAUAAAUGUACAUUAAAUCUUCUU